UCGUGCAUCCUGCUGAGGAGCCAAAAGGAGAGGGGAGGGCAGCGAGCGAGCCGGUCCUGCCCAGGGCAUCCACUGGAGGAAAAAGCCACCGGGGAGGGCAAAGAAGUUCUUGUGGGUUUUUCUCACUAGCGUUCGGGUGGGUUUCUUUGCUUUCUGGGACUGGAUGUGACACCGGAGUACCGGCAACGGAACGGGAACGAGAGACAUGAAGAACCGGGAGAGCGCCGGAGGAGGCGGCUGGAAGACGGCAAGGAGAGCUGAGGAGCGAGAGUGUUCAGAUUCAUUAAGAGUAAGGAUGAAGUCUGCGGCCUCCUAUUGUUUCCUAUGGCUUUUUCUCCAACUUCCUGUACUCGGAUCUGCCAACCAGGUGAAAUACAAGGUUUUCGAAGAACAACCACCCAAUAUACUGAUCGGGAGCUUGGCUUCAGACUAUGGCUACCCAGAUUCCAAACACCUUUACAAGUUAGAACUGGGACAUCCUUACUUACGCGUGGAUGGUAAAACUGGGGAUAUAUACACAACAGAGACCGCUAUUGACAGAGAGAAUCUACGUCAAUGUCAGAACUUAUUCCCAGGUCAGCAUUGCUUCUUGGAGUUUGAGGUGUCUAUGACAGACCUGAUGUCCCCUGUUCCCAGGCUCCUGGAUGGACAAAUUGAGGUUCUGGACAUCAAUGACAAUACGCCUAACUUUGCUUCCCCAGUCAUCACUCUUUCAAUUCCAGAGAACACAAAUGUUGGAACACUUUUCCCCAUUCCAGCUGCCACCGAUCGUGACUCCGGUAUAAACGGUGUGGCUUCGUAUGAGUUAAUUGUGGGACCUGAAGCUCAUGAGCUAUUUGGGCUUCAGGUUGCCGAAGAUCAAGAUGAAAAACAACCUCAGCUCAUUGUGAUGGAAAAACUUGAUCGUGAGCAGAGGGACUCUUACGACCUAACAAUUAAAGUGCAAGAUGGUGGCACUCCACCAAGAGCUAGUAGUGCUCUUCUGCGCAUCUCAAUUCUGGACACCAAUGACAACGCACCACAGUUUGAGAAAAUGACUUACGAGGCAGAGCUGCCUGAAAACAGUCCAAUGGGACACUCUGUCCUCCAGGUAAAAGCAAACGAUUCUGACCAAGGUGUAAAUGCAGAAAUUGACUAUUCUUUCCACCAAGCCUCAGACAUUGUACGCCGAUUGCUUCACCUAGAUAGGACAACAGGCUUAAUUACUGUUCAAGGACCCAUUGACCGUGAAGAGGUCGGUACGCUGAGGUUCUCUGUGGUAGCCAAAGAUAAAGGAUCCACUCCCAAAUCUGCCCGCACCCAAGUAACGAUCACCAUUCGGGAUACCAACGACAACAAGCCUGUUAUUGACAUAAGAGGUUUUGGUCUGGUAACGCAUCAGGAUGGGGUGGCAAACAUCUCAGAAGAUGUUCCUGUGGAAACACCUGUGGCCUUGGUGCAGGUUUCUGACAUAGAUGAGGGAGAAAAUGCUGCGGUUACAUGCGUUGUGGCCAGAGAUGUUCCCUUUCAACUGAAACAGGUCAGUGAUACUGGGACAGAUAGCAAGAAGAAGUACUUUCUACAAACAACUACCCCUCUAGACUAUGAGUCUGUGAAAGAAUACACUAUUGAAAUUGUUGCUGUAGAUUCUGGAAACCCUCCUCUUUCCAGCACAAACUCCCUCAAAGUCCAGGUAACUGAUGUGAAUGACAAUGCACCAAUCUUCACUCAAAGCCUGAUGGAAGUAUCCUUCCCAGAAAAUAGCCCGAUAGAUAGUGUUGUAACGGAUGUUAGUGCAAGUGAUGCUGACAGUGGCUCUAACUCACAGCUCUCCUAUUCCAUUGUGGCUGAUCCUUCCACUCGGGGUAUCUUCUCAAUCAAUCCAGACUCUGGUCAGAUACGUGUGAACACUGUGCUGGACAGGGAGGCGCGGGAACAUUAUGACUUCCAUGUAGUUGCUGCAGACAAGGGAACACCAAGUUUGAAGGGAACAGCCUCCGUUGUAAUCACAGUUUUGGAUCGCAAUGACAAUGAUCCUAAAUUUAUGUUAAAUGGCUAUAACUUUUCAGUCAUGGAAAAUAUGCCUCGUUUGAGUCCUGUCGGAAUGGUAACUGUUAUUGAUGCAGACAAAGGUGAAAAUGCACGUGUUCAACUAUCAGUAGAGCCAGACAGUGGAGAGUUUGUUAUCCAGAACGGGACAGGCACUAUCCUUUCCAGCAUCUCUUUUGACCGGGAGCAUCAAAGUACUUACACCUUCCGGUUGAAGGCGGUGGAUGGAGGGGACCCUCCCCGUUCAUCAUAUGUUGGAGUGACAAUAAAUGUCCUUGAUGAGAAUGACAAUGCACCAGUAAUUGUUGUACCCUCCAAUAUUUCCUAUGCGUAUCUUACACCUCUAACCCACCCAGGUUCACAGGUUAAUAAAGUACGUGCUGAGGACAUGGACACUGGCAUAAAUGCUGAACUCCUUUACAGCAUAGUUAGUGGCAACCCCUUUGAACUAUUCCACAUAUCUCCCACUGGAGGAGAGAUAACCCUCGAGAAAGAGAUUGUAAGGAAGCAUUAUGGCUUGCACCGCCUAGUAGUAAGGGUGAAUGAUCGUGGGAAGCCUUCCAGGUACGGCACUGCUUUAGUACACUUCUAUAUCAACGAAACCUUGACAAACCAGACCUUUGUGGAGACACUACUUGGUCAUAGUCAAGACACACCUUUGGACAUUGAUAUUGCGGGGGACCCAGAGUAUGAACGCAGUAAACAACGCAGCAACAUCUUAUUUGGUGUGAUAGCUGGCAUUGUGGCUGUCCUCGUGGUCAUUGUAGUUGUAGUUUUGGUGAGGUAUUGCCGACAAAAAGAAGCAAAGAGUGGCUAUCAAGCUGGAAAGAAGGAGUCAAAAGAUCUAUACGCCCCAAAGCAGGGUAAUAAAAAUAACAAAAGUAAAAGCAAAGCCAAGAAAAGCAAGUCUCCAAAGCCACCCAAGCCAGUAGAGGAGGAUGAAGAGACCGGGCUUCAGAAAUCCCUCAAAUUCAACCUUAUGAGUGACUCUGUUGGAGACAGCCCAAGGAUCCACCUUCCUUUGAAUUAUCCACCAGGCAGCCCAGACCUGGGUCGUCACUAUCGUUCCAACUCUCCUCUACCAUCCAUCCAGCUUCAACCACAAUCCCCAUCUGCCUCCAAGAAGCACCAAGUGGUCCAAGACCUGCCACCUGCCAAUACUUUUGUUGGUACUGGGGACAACACUUCCACUGGCUCUGAUCAAUACUCGGAUUACAGCUAUCGGACCAAUCCCCAGAAAUACAACCACAAGCAGUUACCUCAUCGCCGAGUGACAUUCUCUACAUCCAAUCAGGCACCUGAUAUCCAAGACCCUUCGCAACACAGCUAUUACGACAGCGGCCUGGAGGAGUCCGAGACCCCUAGCAGCAAGUCUUCAUCUGGCCCAAGAAUAGGGCCCUUGGCUCUCCCAGAGGACCACUAUGAACGUACUACCCCUGAUGGUAGCAUCGGUGAGAUGGAGCACCCUGAAACCGAUCUCAGACCACUGCCUGAUGUAGCCAUGACAGGAAACUGCACGCGGGAAUGCACAGAAUAUGGUCACUCUGACACAUGCUGGAUGCCUGGCCAGCCAUCCCCAAACCGCAGGCCUAAGAAUGCCCUCAAGCUCUCCACUUUUGUGCCUUACCAAGACAAGGGGAGUCAAGAGCAGAUUGGCAAUGGAAACCCUAGAAUUCCAGAGGACCGCGUCGGAGGCAACAACAAUAGCACCACCAAAAUGGCUAACAUCCAGCUGUUACCGACAUACAGUGCCUUUUCAAGUAACAGCCAUGAGUCAUGUACAGACUCCCCCAUGGAGGAAAUCCCACUAACCCAAACCGCUGACUUCCAGCAUGCCACAACUCCUUCUUCUCAAUCUGCCAAGAGGGAAAUAUAUCUGUGAGAUUUUGACUUUUUUUGGCAUGAAUUGAACUUGAAGGAUAUGGAAAGAAUUUGGGAGUUACUGAUUUUAUCCAGGAACCUAAACAAGGCCAACCUUUAAAUGGAGAAAUAGGAACAUAACUAAAGACAACAAAAUGCUUUAUGGCCCAUGCAACCGCUUUUGGCUUAAGCGUACAUUACAUUAGCGUUUAUUUAGUUUUGUUGGGCUUUUUUUUUUUUUUUAAAUGUUAUUAUUAUUCCUAUUGUAUAACUCAAAACCAUCACCAACAUAGACUCUUCAUUGUCAUAAAGGUCAGACCUGGAUUUGGAAAGGGGAAGCACAUUUUUUAAAGAGUAGUUUUUAUAAAAAGGGAACAUUUUGCAAUUUUGUUUCUCAAAGAAAGAGAAACUAUAAAAUGAAGAAGGACGUUUAAAAGCCAUCAUGGUUUAGUAUUUGAAAUCCUGAUAGAGGGAGGUGUCACUUUUUCAUACUGCCAUCUUUUCAAGAGGGUAAAUGUGCUCAUGGAUGGAACCUGUUUAUUCAUAGUGAUUAAGAAACAUUUGAAAGAUUUGCAGUUAUAGUUCAGUGUCUUAAUUCUCAAUUGUUUAGAAUCUCUCUUCUAAAUCAUAAGUAACAAGUAUCUACGGUUUGCACAUGUUACAUUUUCCCCCUUUUUUGGAAGACAUAUUUCUGCUAUGGCAUGCCAUAAUUUAUACGGUCAUCAGCAAUCUUUCAGCAAAAUAAA